AUGGCGGAGUCGCACCAGCGGCCGGCGCAGGAGCGAAAAGGCGGCGAUGGCGGGGAAAAGGGGGGGCGGCAGAUUGGGAUUGAGUUCCCUCCCGUCAAGAGCCGCGAGGAAAUCCUCAACUCCCAGCGGGCGGCGGUGACGCAGGAGGAAAUUCGCAAAGGCAUGCAGGACGACAUCCCUCCCGUCGUGCGGAGUGUGUUGGAGCUUGCCCACCUGAUGAUGAGCGGCCACAGCCAGAAGCUGCGGGCCUCCCCCGGGUACCAAGGCGGCCUGUUCUACGGCGGGAGCCCGUUUUGCUUCGCCAGCGGCUACCGCGACGGCACACGCCCGCGUGAUAUGGAGGACAAGGGGAACCAUAUGAAGCUGAAGGACCCGCUCACCUACGGUGUGCUCUCGCUACCUGUGACGGCAGGCUACCUCUGUGAGCUGCACGGCAAAGGCGUGUUUGACCUGCAGGCCCCGCUGGCACGCUACCUGCCGGAGCUCGAGGAGAAGCUGGACCCAUGCGUCACGGCACGCAGCAUUCUCGCCUUCGACACCGUGGUCGACGACAAUCAGGUGAUGAGGGAUGCAGGGGUGAGGCGGUUUCGUCCUCUCUUUGCGUGGAACGUGUGCGCCGCAACCCAGCGCUGUGUUUACGCACCGAUAACUCACUUCUUCGCGGGAGGAUCUGCCAAGGCGCUGACAGGGCAGCAGCAGCGGGAGAACUACGUGCAGUAUUUGCGCGCCUCGCCGCGCGUGAGAGUGCGCUUGCGUCCACGGCGGUGGAUCUCCCGCCGCGGCGUGUCCCACUUCUCCGUUGCACUGCUUAUUGCGGCGGUGGAGCGGCAGCUGCACGGUGUUAGCUUUGAGGACUCAAUUCGGCAAACUGUGUUUGAGCCCGCGCAGAGCCACGGUGCAGGCUACGGCCCGCCAAAGCUGUGGCGUGACCCGAAUGAAAUGUUCUACCAACCGAGGGGCCUGGCACGGCAGCACCAGCGGUUCUCCCAUCCGCUCCCGACGGGGGCCCUUGAGAACUGCGGCCCACCGCUGUUGAACGCCUCGUUGAACCUCUACGCCCCCGUGGAGGACUACGGCAAACUGUUGUUGCUCUCGCUUGACGCCGUACGUCACGCGCGGACGGCGCUGGGGGGCGCGGGGCCCCCGCCCAAGGCGGGGGCUCACUUUGACUUUGGCGUGGAGUGGCUGAAUGGCGACCAGGAGCCGCGGCAGCGGCUGCAGCUGACCAGGCGCGUUGUGGGGAUCGACUACACCCCGACUGCGGCGUCGUUUCGGUACAACUGCGAGCACGACUUGGGCUGCUUUGGCGUGGCCAACUGCGGCAGCCGGGACGCGUGCGUGCUGGCGAACGCCCUCUCCCGCAUGCUUCAGCACCUCUUCGUCAAACACGUUAUUCGGAAGGGCGUCGAUGUGGCGCGGGGUCCCGACCUCGACAACCCCGAGCAGGAGCGGAGCGGCACGGAGGCGAAGUUCCGCAAGAUCAUCAAAAAGCAGGAGUACACGAGCUACUUCAGGAAGCACGACGCACACAAGCGGUACUAA